AUGGAUCCUGCCCCAAGCGGCAUCGACCGUCCCUCGAGCCCUCAACAUGAUACCACCCUCAGCAACAACGGCAACUCACGCGAUGCCGGCAUCGCGAAUGACUCGGGCACGCCAGCCCCUGGCCUAGAUUCCGACACCACUCUGCCCGCCGACUUGAGCCCCAUCAACAUCUCGCAGCCUGUCGAAGAGGACGGACAAUCGCCGCCAUCAUCCGCACCCUCCCUUCAGGCAGACACGCAAGACAACGUGUCGCUCCCGUCUGUUCAUCCGGCCGAGCAUGUUGAAGACGAGGACAGGGCCGAAACCCUUGGAGACGCCCGGGAAACCAGCGACGAUAACGAACAAGCUCGAUCAGUCGAAGAGGCAACGCAGAGCAGUCAGUCAGCUUUGCUUGACGUUCCCGCGGACGAUACUCCAAGCGAUAGGCCCACUGUGCUCGAAGCUGCAGUGGAUGCUCCCGAGGCACCAGCCAUUACAAACCAGACAGGCGCGGCCACAUCUUCAGACGACACUGUGCAGGAAGAGGAGGAGAACAACGACGAUGACGAUCAUCUGCUUGAGACACCAGAAGAGACACCCCAGGAGAGGCGGCUCACGCUGUUGGAAGCCCUGAAUGAGACGAGAGAGUCCGCCGAUCACUACUCGAGCACGAUCACUCCUGAUACCACCAACGAGCACCAAGGCAAUCAUGCUGCGCAGGUAGACACUUCGCCCCCUUUGCCAGCGUCGCCCCCGCCGCCUCCGCCACACGCACGGCCGGCUACUCACAGGUCGACCUCGGAAUUCAUUCUUCCACGAUGGCAACCUGACGCCGAGGUCACCUUGUGUCCGAUCUGUUCUACGCAGUUUGGCAUCUUUGUUCGCAAGCACCAUUGCCGAAAAUGCGGUCGGGUCGUUUGCAACGCUUGCUCGCCGCAUCGGAUCGUCAUCCCUCAUCAGUAUAUUGUGCGCCCUCCUGGAGAAUAUCCAUUCCCGCCUUUUCCUCCAGCCGGCGAUGGAGGCCACCUCGCCGAUCUGAGCGGCAUCGCGGGAGGCGAACGAGUGCGGCUCUGCAACCCAUGUGUGCCCGAUCCGAAUAUGACUCCCCCCCAGUCGCAAGGCUACCCAGGUAGCAUGUCCCCGAGACCAUCUCACCAGCGGUCGCACAGCAGCGCGGACACGCCGGCGGGGAUCGAGAGCAGCAGCAGCCAUUUCCAGCCGUACCCAUUCUCGUCACGAGCCGAGUCGCAUGCCAGGACCAGAAGCAUCACCAUGAAUUCUGGUGCAGGCCCAUCAGGACAGAGCGGCUACUACUCACGCUCCGCUCGCGCCGCUGGCGACCGUCCGAUGUACUACUCAGCCUCGUACUCUUCCUCGUCUGCUGACCCACGCCACGGCUCUCGACGACAGAGCCGUGAUGGCCAUGGACUCCAGUCCGCAAUCAACAGACCACUGCCGCCCGCACCACAGAUACCGGAAGAGGACGAAUGUCCGGUAUGCCAUCUGGAGCUGCCAUCACGAGAUCUGCCAGAUGCCGACGCUCGACGCGAGGCCCACAUCAACGACUGCAUCACAUACCAUAGCACUUACAACCCACGGCGCGCCACCAUGAUGGGCUCUGGUGGAGCGCACGGCACCCCUCCGCCCCGGACCGAGCGGCGCACGGGCAUGUUUCCGUAUAUAGCCACAGAGAAGGACUGCGUCGAUGAUGCCGAGUGCACCAUCUGCUUCGAGGAGUACCAGGCGGGCGAUCCAAUGUGUCGUCUCGAAUGUCUCUGUCGGUUCCAUCGCGUCUGCAUUUCUGCCUGGUUCGAAACGCACCCGGGUCGCUGCCCCGUGCACCAGCACGACAGCUACGGAUACUGA